CAGAGCAAGGUUUUUGAAGAUGAAGCUGCUUCCUUCUUUCUUCAAGAACAGAGAAUCGUCGGACAGGCCAUGGCAAUGGCCGAUAUGCGGAAGCUCCAAAACUCCUUCAUUCAGAGCAGGCGAUGAAGAAAUCUUCAAGACAGUCAACUCAGUCUUCUUCGACAAUCUUCUCUCCGAUCGAAUCGAAACGCCUGAUUCUUGGUUCGCGAAAUCAUCGCUGUUCGAAUCCGCUAGGUUUUCGACUGAUUUCGACGACGAUUUCGAGGUCGUGGUCCGAGGCGCGAAAUCAGAGAGGCUAAUCUUCGAACCUGGCGAAACGAAUUGCAUUAUAAAGAAAUCAGCAGAAGAAGGAAAGUGCGAUUCGAUUCGAUUCGAAGGAAGCGUGGUUGUAGCAAUGGAAUCAGAAGAUCCGUACCUGGAUUUUCGAAGAUCGAUGGAGGAAAUGGUGGAGAGUCUUGGAAUUAGGGAUUGGGAGUGCUUAGAAGCGUUGUUGAAUUGGUACUUGAGAGUGAAUCAGAUCAAGAAUCAUCGUUACAUUUUUGGUGCUUUCGUUGAUUUGUUGGUUGAUCAUGGCGGCGACGGUGGUUUUACGGAUUCCACUUCCAUUUUUUCCGAUGAACUGAUCAUCCAGAAUUCUCCACCAUCCAUUACGUAAGAAGAAUUUUGGCCAUUUUUCUGUGAAUAUUAAUUUCAUUACGUUUCGAAAUUCAACUUUAUUAUUAGUUGAUGCAAAAUUAUUCUAU